GACGUCGUCGUCGUCGUCCGUCGUCCUUAAAAUCUGCGUUUAAACAGUCGAUCCUCUCAGUGAGGCCGUCCUUUGCGGAUCCGACUGAAUAUACAGGUUAAAUUAGCCAUGCAAACAACUGCUCAAUGUUUAUCCCAGCUGAUCCUCUCAGUGAGGCCGGACUUUGCGCCUCCAGCUGGUUUAAACACAACAGUUGAACAGAUGUUUAGCUGCACGCUGCCAAGCUGCUGGGAGGAUGUGGAGAGGAGAGAAAAGAGGUUACCUCGCAUGCGACAUCACCUACCGUUUAGCGCCUGGCCCGCGAGCGCGAACAUCUUGUCUACCUGUUUAGCGGCGGUCGCGGGCGCGUGAGCGCACUUCCAAGGCUUUCGCAGAUCCAAUCGGUGUAUAAAAGGCAAUCGGUGUAUUAGAUUGGCAGGCGGCGCAUUCAUUCCUGAAUGCCUGCGCCGCGCCAGCGCUGGAAGAGACUGCGCCUGCACCAGGAUGCAAGAAGCAACGCUGGAAGAGACUGCGCCUGCACCAGGAUGCAAGAAGGCGUUGGUGGGUAUACGAUUGGGAUUGCUGGCAGGCGACUAUCUCAUCGAUCUAAGGCUUCAUGAUUUCUUAGAGCACAUGCGUCCAGCGAAACGUCUAUAUACUGGAGGACACAAUGUCAACCUUACAGGAGGAGUCGAUUGGGCAAGUAGUCCAGCCCACGUGCGUUCUGCAUAGUGGCCCUCCUCAAUGUUAUCAUUGCGCGCAAGGCUGGCCACCAGCCGCGGCCACAGAUAAUAAUUCACCGCCCGAAUAUUGUCCAUGCGCACUGCGAAGUUGCCACCAUAACAUACCUGGAUCACAGUUGCACUGCCAUCAGAACUACCAUUACGAUUCCCAAACGUAAUGCCCAAGCUAUCCCACCAUUUGUUCAACGGCCUUUCAUCUGCAGCAGCUCGGAAACUCAUACGAUUUGUCCACCGAUUUGUACCUUGCAAUUUGGAACUUGCCUAGCUCGGCAACCAAAUGGAAAUCUGUUGCCGGUUCCUGCAUUGUGAGGAAGCAACCAAACCCAUGGCUUCGCAAGUCGGCUAGGACUUCUGAGAAAUUGCACUUGCGCAUCUCAGGUGAAUGCAGUCUCAUAUUGUCUUUCAAAAAAAAAAACUGACGCGUUAGCAGAAAGAUGCGCUGUGAGACCCUCGCCAAGAUGGCGCAGGGCCCAGGCAUAGGAAUGAUCAUUGCGGCCAACGUUAGUGAGAUUGAUGAGCUGGAUAUUCUGGCUGUGUAUUCCGAGACGUUCCAGGUGGGCAACGUCGACACUUCUUCCACACUUUUGUAUGACCAUCAUCAGAGUGCUGUUCACGUCCAGAUACUUCACAGCUUCGGCCAUUUCCAAUCUCACCCCUCGCGUAUCUUCACACAGGGAUACUACAACAAGCGACGAGUAGGUGAUGACUUGGCUUGCUUGGGUGCUUGGUUGCUUGCUUGGGUGCUUGGGUGCUAGAGAAAUAAGUGGAAACAUAGACAAACGAAAACCAGUGAAGCUUUUACCACUUGCCAGCAUGGGAGCCGCACCCUCGAGGACGAGGCAAUCCACAACGGGGACGAGCACGAAGGCGAGCACGAAGGCCACGCAACGAAGGCGAGCACGAAGGCCACGCAGAUACCGAUGAACAGAGGCCUCAGGUUCCCCAUCGCCACGGGUAUGCGACAUGAAAUAUAAAGUGAAAUUGAUCGAGCCCGAAUGGCUUGAGCCAAAACUG